AUGGCUCCGCCGCCUCCCAUAGUUAUCGAUGCUCAAGUGAUUUCAGGAAUUACAGGUUCCAUAUCUAUAGCAUGUUGGAUUAUCGUUUUCGCCCCACAGAUUUAUGAGAAUUUUCGUAGGAAGUCAUCGGAAGGACUAUCGAUGAUGUUCAUCAUAUUAUGGUUGGCGGGAGAUAUCUUCAACGUGCUUGGUGCCGUUCUUCAAGGAGUUCUUCCUACCAUGAUAAUUUUAGCAAUCUAUUAUACGUUGGCUGACAUAGUUUUAUGGGUUCAAUGCAUCAUGUAUGGAGACGGAAAGUCCAAACCAGACUACGUUCACCUUUCUCCUGCAAAUCCAUUAAAUGAUGAUGUGCUUGAAACAGUUUUAUCUGGUGAUAGGCCAGCUGAAUUGAACGAACCGGAUAAUUCAGUUGAUGAGAGGGACACUUACGCUUCAUUUCUGAAUGUCAGUCCCCUCAUGUCAGCAUUUUUUAAGUUCUUAAUGGUUUUGCUUGUUUUUUUGGCUGGUCUUACUGGAUGGUAUAUCUCAUACAUUAAAACUUCCCGCAAGCAUAAAGCUCCUGUUGAUCUAGUCUUUGACCCAUUGGCACAGUUCUUCGGAUGGCUAUGCGCCAUCUUUUACCUUGGAUCUAGAGUUCCCCAAAUUUUGCUCAACUACGAGCGUAAGUCGUGUGAGGGUAUUUCCUUCAUGUUUUUCUUAUUUGCAUGCCUAGGCAACUUGACUUAUGUUAUUUCAAUCCUCGCAAUAGAUACAUCAUGGAAUUAUGUCUGGGUCAAUUUGUCUUGGUUAGCCGGUUCACUUGGCACAUUGGCUCUUGAUUUCACCAUCUUCGUCCAAUUUUUCCUCUACAAUGAGGCAGACGACUAUGAAGCAGGUAACGCUUCUAAAUAUUCUAAUUCUGACAGAAGCGAACCGCUUCUCGAACGCCAGUCCGGCGGAUACGGGGCCGCAUAA